UAAACUAAAUUAAUAAUUAAUCAGCACCAAAGAAAUUGGGUUACCCACCAUAACCCAUCAAAAGUCAGAAUCUCUAUUGAAAAGGCACGCACGGCAGAAUCUUCCUAACUUUCUCUUCAUUUUCUUGCACAUUGAUCCUAUCUACAUUAAUUAGUCUAAGUUUUCAAUUCCUAUUUCAUUUUAAUUAUCAUAUCUUAUUUUCUGAAUCCAAUAUAUAUAUAUAUAUACACAUAUUCCUCCCUAAUAAAAUCUUGGGCUCAAAUCCCAACAUGGCUAUAUCCACAAUUCUGUUUCAGACUUUCAGUUAUUUCAGUUUUCUCUCCGUCUUCUUCCUUUGUCUUUCAAGCCGUUCUUUUCCCGCCAGACUCAUACCGGACUCUGUAACUGUAAUAACCACCGAUACCCGAAACUCCACCGAUAUUCAUAAUUUCACGUGGCAUGAUUUUACUCGCUUCCUAGACGCCGGUAAGGGCAGUCAAGUGAAUGGCAUGUCAGAGCUCAAGAAAUACUUCAACCAUUUCGGGUAUCUCCCGGUUCCCAGUACCAAUAAUUUUACCGAUAUCUUUGAUGCCCAGUUGGAAUCGGCAGUUAUAGCUUAUCAAACCAAUCUUGGUUUACCGGUAACAGGUAAACUUGAUUCCGAUACGAUAUCAACAAUCAUAUCGCCGAGAUGCGGAGUUGGCGAUACAGCACAUAAGAAAACCGGUAUUUUCCAUGUAACCCGAAAUUUCGCGUAUUUUUAUGGGAAGCCCAGAUGGGUAAGGCAGACGCCGAUGAUACUAACAUAUUCAUUUUCACCGGAUAACAUGAUUGAUUAUAUAAGUAUAGACGAGAUAAAGAGAGUUUUUAAACGAGCUUUUUCAAGAUGGGCAUCAGUUAUUCCGGUAAGCUUCAGAGAAGUGGAAGAUAACGAAUCGCCAGAUAUUAAAAUCGGGUGGUAUCGCGGUGAUCACGGCGACGGAGAGCCGUUUGAUGGAGUUUUAGGAGUUUUAGCGCAUGCUUUUUCCCCAGAGAAUGGGAGGUUUCAUCUCGAUGCAGCAGAAACGUGGACCGUUGAUUUUGAGAAGGUUAAGUCAAAGGCAGCCAUUGAUUUGGAGUCAGUGGCUACCCAUGAAAUUGGACAUAUACUUGGAUUGGGUCAUUCGUCAAUCAAGGAAGCUGUGAUGUAUCCAAGUUUAAGUCCAAGGACUAAGAAACUGGACCUUAAAAUUGAUGACGUGGAAGGUGUUCAAGCUCUUUAUGGGUCAAACCCUAAUUUCAAGUUUAGUUCUUUGUUGGAAUCUGAAAAUUCUUCUAAUAAAGGGGUUGGUACGAAAAGUAGAACAUCAAGGUGGACCAUUUCAUUGGUGGUGGCUGCUUUGGUACUGUUUUUGUGUACAUGAUCACACUUUUGUUUUUCAAUUGGGUCAUUUUUUUAUGUUUAGGUGUAGCAAAUUGUUGACACUAUAUACUUCACACUUAAAAGGAAAAGAAAAGGAAUUCUUUGGUUAUUAAGAUCUUUUAUUUUUAUUA